GCGUCGCGGGGGAGGGGCGGGGCCGUCCGCCGGCUCAGGAAAGUUCUGAGACAAGCCCAGCGAGUCGCCGUUCCCGAACCAGCUGUUUCACCUUUCUUUUUUAACUCCGCCAACGGCUUCCAGCCCUCAGGUCCGGGUUGCUCCGUUGGUCAAAGUGCGUGAGGACUAGUUGGCAAAGUUGAGGGCAGCGACGUCUCUGGGAACAGCUGUUUGCGUUCGGGGCGGAGGCGGCGCUCGAGCUCCUUGGUCACGAGCCAGCGAGCCUAAAAGGAGGGUGGAGGUUCGGGAUCCCAGGGAAGGAGAGCGAGAAAGCGGAAUGGCACGAGGACUUGAGGUUUGAGUUUCCUGUGCCUUAGCUCAGGUCCCGUCACGCUUUCGCUCCUUCUCGGUGACCUCAACCCCUUUAUACCGACCCCACCUCUCAGGAGCCUGGAGUACCGCCCCCGUAGGGGGAGGAGAAGAGGAAGAGAUUUCGAACGCGGAUUGAGUCGUCUGGGUACCCGUAGUGUGGAACCGGGGAACGCUGGUCCGUCCGGGAAAGGAGGGAGGUGUCCGGGCUCGGAGGGAGAUUCGGGUGGGCCUCACUCCAGGCCCUGCCCGACUCUCCCCGCGUGGAGAGCACGAGCCUAACUCGGGCCCCAGGCGACGUGCGGAGCGGCUGGCGCAGUCAUGGCGGACUACUGGAAGUCACAACCAAAGAAAUUCUGUGAUUACUGCAAGUGCUGGAUAGCAGACAAUAGGCCUAGUGUUGAAUUUCAUGAAAGAGGAAAGAACCAUAAGGAAAAUGUGGCAAAAAGGAUCAGUGAGAUUAAACAGAAAAGCCUGGAUAAGGCAAAGGAAGAAGAAAAGGCAUCAAAGGAGUUUGCUGCAAUGGAGGCAGCUGCCCUGAAAGCAUACCAAGAGGAUUUGAAAAGGCUUGGCUUAGAGUCAGAAAUUUCAGAGCCAAGCAUAUCACCAGUAACCAGCACUAUCCCACCCACCUCUGCAUCAGAUCAACAAAAAGAAAAGAAGAAAAGAAAAAAAGAUCCUUCAAAGGGCAGAUGGGUAGAAGGCAUAACCUCUGAGGGUUACCAUUACUAUUAUGAUCUUAUCACAGGAGCAUCUCAAUGGGAGAAACCUGAAGGAUUUCAAGGAAACUUAAAAAAGACAGGAGUAAAGACCAUUUGGGUAGAAGGUUUAAGUGAAGAUGGUUAUAGCUAUUAUUAUAACACAGAAACAGGAGAAUCCAGAUGGGAGAAACCUGAUGAUUUCAUUCCACACACUGGUGAUCUGCUUUCUAGUAAGGUCAAUGAAAAGUCACCUGACACCCUAGAAGAAUGCAAAUCAUCAGAUUCACAUAGUGAUUCUGAUGAGGAACAGAAGGCAGAAGAAGGAAAGGUCUCUACAGAAACAAAACAGCCAAAAAUAAAAUUUAAGGAAAAAGAUAAAAAUAAUGAGGAAGGAACUGACCCAGAAACACAGAAAGAAAAAAGUAUUCAAAAACAGAAUUUAUCUGGUCCAAAUGAAGAAAAAUCCAAAACUCUUAAAAAACCAAACCCAUAUGGGGAAUGGCAAGAAAUUAAACAAGAGGUUGAGUCUCAUAAGGAGGUGGAUUUGGAACUUCCAAGCCCUGAAAAUGAGUAUAUAUCAACUUCAGAAGCUGAUGUUGGAAUGGAACCCAAAGUGGUGUUUAAAGAAAAAACAGUCACUUCUCUUGGAGUUGUAGCAGAUGGAGUGGCCCCAGUCUUCAAAAAGAGAAGAACUGAAAAUGGAAAAUCUAGAAAUUUAAGACAACGAGGUGAUGAUCAAUAAUUGUAAAAGAGCUUUUUGUAUUUGCUUUUUGGAUAGAAUGAAGACAUAUAUCUUAAAGCUCCUCUGUGUUUGUUUCUAAAUACUUUAUGCUAAAAAUUUAGAUUUAUUCUAAAUGUAUUUUAUGUGAAUUAAAAUAAAUCUUUUCUCAUGUGAAAUUAA